GUAACCCCAAGCCAGAACUUUCACUAGACUUUCGAAAGCCCCUCCCCCACUCCGAAAACGGUGUGAUGCCCCUUGUCACCAGUGGUGAGGACCAGCCACUCUCGCCAACCUCUAAUGCGUGUGGGCGGAGGCCAGGCACGACCCGGCGCUGCAGGCCGCCCUGGCCGCUGCCACCCCGGCGGCUUCUUCGGCCCCAGCCCCGGCGCCAGGGUUUGUUUACCACUGCGUUCGGCACCAUGGCCUCCAAGGAUAACUUCACCGCGGAGACCAAGGCAGAUGGCUGAUGUCAAAUUGCCGGGCGGUUCAAAGGGGUCGGCAAGCAUCCCCGCCAAGCAUCUUCCGCGCUGGGCUGCACGCAAGCUUACGCCCAUGCAGCUGCGGAAAUGGCAUGAGCACAUGCGUUACAGGCGCUGCAAGAAGCCCUGCGCCACUCCUGUGCCGCGUGUGCUUUGCUUUGUUGUGCCGCCUGGUGGCGGCGGCGGCAGCAGUCAAGGCUACAGGCUGGGGAAGGCGCCCACGGGGCGGGGCCGCUUGGGGCUGGGGGCGGCGAAGAGACCUGCUGACAGAGGGUGCGGUAUGAAGGGAGGCGCGCGCCCACGCAUCCGCCGGUGCAGCAUGCCGCCACAACCCCCCGAGUGCCGCAAAGCAAGCAGGGCUUAUUGAGCUUUGUUGCGCGCAGUGCGGGCCAAGUGCUGGGGAGGUGGGCAAGGGCCCCGCCAAGGCGGCCACCGGCAGGGCGCAGCGGGACACCAAGUGCUGGCCUGCAUGGUUCGGGAGGGGGCGCUGUGGGCGGCUUGACCCACUUGGGCGCCCACGCCCACCAACGCACGCACCCUCACAGCAGCUGCAGCAGCCUCCAGCCCACCCACACCCAGCCAGAGCAGCACCGGGCGAACGGCCGCGCCACCAGCAGCACGUGCUGGUGCGGCGGACUGACUUGUGCGCGCGUGGGUGCAGAAGCGGGGUGGGACCAUGGGCGCGGGGGGGGGGGGGGUAGGGCCGCCAUGGGGUUUUGACCUUGCUUCCCGCCGUCUCCGCGUCCCUCCACCCUUUCAGGCGCGGCAAGUUGCGCUCCCACCCAACAUUGCCGGCUACCCAACCAGGGUUGGCUAACAACCCGGCAACCCAACCUGGGUUGGCGUUGCUUCGGCUCCCCGCAAGCGUUUUUGCACAACAGAAAGUUGUGGCAUAAUCCAUUGUGCCCAGACCGUGCUGUGACGUUGUUAGCCUGUAACGCUGUUACGAGUGCUGAUGAUGCAUGGAAUACGGGUGCUAAUGUGAAAGUGCGCUGCUUGAGACUGUAUUGUAGUCGUUGAAGUGGCAUCGUAGGAAAAUGUGAAGAGGUAUGUAAGCGAUGUUAUCUGAGGGAUAGUGAGGUGUUGUAUGGGUGUGCGUCCGUGACAGACGAUGUGACAGACUAUAACAUUCGUGCUGAGUGAUAAGCGGCAAAAGGCUGGUUGCUACGCGUGUGAGUCUGAUUUGUAAAGCUGUGUCGGUUGCUAGUUGAUAGUUAUGCAUGAAACACGUAACAGUAACCCGUAGCAGUACCUGUGUGUGUACUUGUGUGAACUAGUACUACUUCAGCGUGUUGGUAAGUACGGUAAUGUGAGGGGCGAUGUAGGCCUUGUGUACAGGGAUAGUAGCAGCUGUGUCUUGUCAGUCAGGUAGGUAGCGUACUGGUGCAUGUCAACUGCAAGUGUGGCAUAGGAAGCCCCUGCUGACCUGAGACCGCUGGAAUCUGAGAGCCUGGGCCGCGCUGUGGCACGGCGACCGCCCACCCCACACCUUGGUGUGCACGGAAACGGGCCCAGCGCCUGUGCGUUGGACCCAUGA